AUGAUGGCCGGCAUAUCCAGUUUCCUCACUCGCCGCCUUCCGCCCUUUCCGCUCGCCGGUACCGCCGCCGCCGCAGCAGCAGCCAUGUCGUCGUCGUCCACGGCAGCGAACGUCUCCUAUCGUCCGAUCUCUCCGGACACCACCCGCGUGGCCUGGGUGGGGACGGGCGUCAUGGGCCAGUCCAUGGCUGGCCACCUCCUCUCCGCCGGCUACGCUCUCACCGUCUUCAACCGCACGGCAUCCAAGACCCAGGGCCUCGUCUCCAGCGGCGCCAGCCUCGCGGACAGCCCCCGCGCGGCCGCCUCGGCUGCCGAUGUCAUCUUCCUCAUGGUCGGCUUCCCCUCCGACGUCCGCUCCACCGCCCUCGAUCCAUCCACCGGCGCCCUCUCCGGCCUGGCCCCAGGCGGCAUCCUCGUCGACAUGACCACCUCCGACCCCACCCUCGCCGCCGAGAUAGCCGCGGCCGCUGCCGCCUCCGGCUGCUCGGCCGUCGACGCCCCCGUCUCCGGCGGCGACCGAGGGGCCCGCAACGCCACCCUCUCCAUCUUCGCGGGCGGCGACGCCGCCGUCGUUGCUCGCCUGGCGCCGCUCUUCAAGCUCAUGGGAAACGCGCUGUACAUGGGCGGGCCCGGCGCGGGGCAGCGCGCGAAGCUGGGCAACCAGAUCGCCAUCGCGUCCACCAUGGUGGGGCUCGUGGAGGGCAUGGUGUACGCGCACAAGGCCGGGCUGGACGUGGCCAAGUGGCUGGAGGCCAUCUCCACCGGCGCGGCGGGGUCCAAGUCGCUGGAACUGUACGGGAAGCGGAUCCUGGAGAGAGAUAUGGCGGCUGGCUUCUAUGUCCGGCACUUCGUGAAGGACCUCGGUAUCUGCCUGUCGGAAUGCCAGGCCAUGGGACUGUCGCUGCCGGGGCUCGCGCUCGCGCAACAGCUGUACGUGUCGCUGAUCGCUCACGGCGAGGGCGGGCUCGGUACACAGGCGCUUAUACUGGCCAUCGAGCGGCUGAACAACACCAGCCUCGAGAAGGACGGAUGA